GAGGUAGUAUGCUCGUAGCUCCUCGUCGCUCUAAUACCUGUACGUGAGCUGACCGUUAAAUAUUGAUAGAAAGCCGCCGAUGUUUCGCGCCGGGAUGACACACGAGUGACCGGGACCAGGGUUCCCUCAUCGGUGAUCGGCGUUGUGUCACGGACGCUCGAACGGCAGCUAGAAUGCGCGGCCGUCCUUGCCGCGAUCCAUUGCCGUACGUGUCGCAAGUGAGUCGAACUCGCGAUGGACGCGGCCAUAUUUCCUGCUAGCAGAAAUCUUGUCCGUCAGUGAUUCGCGCUGAUCGUGUGCCACCGAAAGAGCGGAGCGUGCAGAAUGCCGAAAUGCGAUGUGAAGACGAGGCCUCUGCCAGCUACGUUCGCGUGGAUUGUCCUACUCAUCUCCACGGCACUCUUCUUCAUCUUCCCGUGCUGGAACUACUAUGUCUCUCGGUGGGGCUUAUGGGUACCGAUUCUGCAAGGAGUUAUUACCUUCUUCGUGGUGAUAAAUUUCUCGCUGGCGACGUUUAUGGAUCCUGGUGUUAUACCAAAAGCACCUCCUGACGAAGAUCGGGAAGAUGAUUUUCGAGCUCCAUUAUACAAAAGCGUGGAAAUCAAUGGCAUUACUGUACGCAUGAAGUGGUGCGUCACUUGUAAAUUUUAUCGACCUCCACGUUGCUCACACUGCAGUGUCUGCAAUCAUUGUAUCGAGACAUUUGAUCAUCACUGCCCAUGGGUAAACAACUGCAUUGGUAGGAGGAAUUAUAGAUACUUCUUCUUUUUUCUUCUGUCGCUCAGUUUUCACAUGCUCAGUAUAUUUGGGCUCUGUCUAUAUUACUUACUGGAGCAUAAAGAGCAGCUGAGUGAAGUUAAUACCAUUGUUGCACUCAUACUCAUGGGAGUGGUAAUGCUCUUAUUCAUUCCAAUCUUUGGACUGACCGGCUUUCACGUAGUCCUAGUUUCCAGAGGACGUACUACGAACGAACAGAAAGGCGACUUUUGGGGAUUAAUAUGUGGGGGACACUGGCGGUAUCCCGGAUACGUAACAGGCAAAUUUAACGGAGGCUACAAUCCUUUUUCACGAGGUUGUCUGCGCAAUUGCUGUCACACACAGUUUGGACCACAAUACCCAAGGUAUUGCAAGGAGCCAAGCUUACUUAAACCUGAUAAGUAUUCAGGGAAGCGACGUGGAGCGUGUGCGUCAGAGAUAUCUACUAUAGGCAGUGAGAACCAGGUAAAGACCUACAUGGAUAGCAGCAAUGGUGUUAGAAAUGCCAGUUCAAAUGCUUACAAUAAGUUAUCACCCGGACGAGAUGGAUCGGACACAGACAUGGAACCGACAGCGUCUCAAUCUGCAGACUGCGAACCUACGCCGCCGUUGCAAAGACAUGGUUCUAAAAGCAAUUUCUUCCUGCCACCUGUGGAGAACAACGAAUCUCCCAGGCAUCCUCCGCCGUCGCAGCUUCGCCAUCCAAUACAUUAUCCUAGAGGCAGUCCACAUCCAAGGCCAAGAGGGAUGAAUGGAUCUCGAAGUCACACACCCGAUCCGUUAUCACCGGAGACGACUGGUUCGCCAGCCACGGUCCCUCAACGUCAGGGUGGUGCCAGCCCAACGAUGCAACAACGUAUCAAAGCUAUUGGAGUACCUACUCCGCUUGCCAUAUCCAGUCCCAUACGAAGAUCAAACCCGGGUACACCGACGCAGGUUCGUCGGCCGGAUUUCAUAGGCGUGAAUGAAGCGCCGACAUAUUAUGAUGUACAGCAGGGAAAUACUGGAGUCGGCGUUCCCGGUUCUGUCAUUACUGGUUACAGUCCGCAGCGACGUUUCUUGUCAGAAAGCGAGCUUGUACGACAGGGCACGGAUCAUCCAUAUUCGAGAACCAACAACACGGUCGACAAUAUACGCGAACUGGCUGGUUCGCCGCAGCGCGGUGUUUACAUGUGGAAAGACAAUUCUCCCGGCAGCUAUCCAGGUCCACCUCCUGGAGGAGCGGUGAGCAGUACAGCACAUCAAUCACCUUCCCACCGACCUCCGCCGUACGACUAUUAUCGCUCCAAUCCCACGAGCCCGACUCAACAAUCGCAAUACACGACGAACGCUCCUAGGGCAGCCUAUCAUCCAGCUCUGAGAGGUGGAGUGCCCGUCUUCCCGCCACAUCAACCACAUCAGUCGCCGCAAGUUAAACGAAAAGCGACUACGAUGGCAACACCAACCACACCAACCUCGGGAGAUGCACGGCGUCGACCGAUGUCCUUCGUCAGAGCCCUCGAAAUGACCGAUUCCAUGGAAAUGGUUUCGGCACCCAACGAUCCGAGAUCUCAAAGACCAACUACACCGACACCGGAUCGUGCAAGCGUAUACGAUAUGAACUAUGAAAUAUCCGUAUAGCCCACCUUUCCGGUCUCCGCACCAUCCUGCGGCUGGACGGAGAUUCUACGAGAGCCGCCGAAUAGUCUGCAUGUCUUAUAUUCCAAUGAGAAAAGGAUGUGUGCCGUUUAUGAGAUAUCCGUCUAAAUUUUGCGAUUGAUAUCGUUACGCGCGUUUAACAUUGCAAGUGGGCAGUAAACGCAAACCGCGGCUGGUCUUCAGUUUCGUUUGUCGCCAAUGGGAUUAUUCUUACAAAUACGAGCAUUGGACUUGCCAGAGUAAUCAGGAUAUACGCGAUGUGCAUGCCUGAUAAAUUGCCAUCAGUAAUGCGCACGUGAAUCAUCGCGAUUGACAGUAUAUAGCAUUCAUUCUCGGCGAGGAAGUCGGUCCGUCGACGCAUUUAAUUCGUUGUGAAUUCACAUGAAGCAUAUACGACGAAUAUUUAUUUCUCCAAUUCUUCCUUCGGCAUUGAAAUCUUACGGUACGAUGAUAGAGUUCUUGCAUUUUACGCAAGACGAACCAACGGCAAUGCAAGUGUUCUGUUAUAUUAGUAAUAUCAUUUAUUUAGUUAUUGUUAAUGAAAAAUAGAUUCCACGUACAUAGCAGCAAAUGUCCGUUACGUCAAGAAUAACAGCGUUUGGUCCGACUGACGAUCCGAAUUAAUGAGUCACGGAGGCGUCAACGAAAGUAUAUCCCGAGCGCACAGAGGUUGACCUUUAUUGGAACCAUCACCGAUAAAUCGGUCCUCUCGCUUGAACAGAAGCAAUUAUAUUUUUUAGUACACGUUUAAGGUCAGUUUAGAUUUUUAUACAAUGACACCGUGACUCAUCCUCCUAGAAUACGAUUAAUCCAAUGUCAUCCUUUUCUUUCUCUUUUUUCUUGUUCAUAUCUCCAUUUCCGAUAAGGAGCAUGAUUUGAUAAAUGAGAGAAGCACUAGGGAUCACUUUAUUACAUCCUUAUUAGGCUCUUCAAAUAUCAGAGGAGUCUAUUGAAAAUGAAAAAAGGGAGUUACUUAACCAACUUAAGUCAUUAUCGGGAUAGAAUAACAAAUCUGUGUAAAAUAAUCGUGGAAUAUGUAGUAAAUUUUUAAUAUACAUAUUUAACAAUAUUUAUACGUAAAUGAUUAAAAAAAAUAUAAGACUUUAUAAUUUGACUUGUUUGUUAUAAAUGAUGAUUUUAUCGAUGUGCCCACUAACAUAUUUUAUUUCUACAUAAAGAGUUCGCAGAAGAGAAUGUGAGAGAAUAAAAGUAUGAGUGUACAAAAAAAUAACGUGUGAAUGAGAAGAAUGCAUUUACAGAAGAGUGAAAAAAAGUACAGUUCUAGUUUUCUCAAAUGUACACAGGGGUGGUUGUUCAUAAUAUGCGCGAACGUAAAAUAAAAACUAUUUUGAUUUUGUUAAAAAACAAAGAGAAUUGUAAUAUAUGUAUUGCAUAAAUCCAUUAUUGCAUCCAUCGCUGCUAUUAAAUUUGUGAUAUAACCCGCUUUUGAAAUUGCAUGAUAGUUUUUCUAUCGUGUAUGUGUAUAGGAAGCCAAUAAUUAUCGGCUAUAAUUAGAUUGCUACAGGUUGCAACGUGAUAUUAAUUGAAUUUUGCGUACGCACUUUCGAUGGAUUGCGAGGGAAUCGACUUAGUGUUACACGACACAUAUCAUUUUGACGUCAGACAUCGAAUAUUUUUUAAAAACAACUUUUGCAUUUGGUAUAACAACUGCUUGGCUACAGACACAAUAUUAUAAUGAGGAUUAUAAGCAUUUCUUCCAUAUUUCUUGAUAAGCUACAUUUAGGAUUUAUUUAACAAACUCGUUUUAUUUCUAUUAAGAUGACAAACUGUGCCAAAAAUUCCCCGUACUCUUCAAUCAUGUAGUCUUGCUUAAAAUAGCAUUUAAUGAGACAACGGUACAACGUUACGAAUUAACUAAGAUAAUAAUGUGUAAGGUGUGGCGAGUGUUAAGUGUUUAUAUUCGAUGUACUUGUACAUAAAUAUUGCUCGUUACUUCUGUCACUUAAAUGUACAUACAUAUAUCAUUCGGUACUUACGUAUCGCCGCAGCAAUCUACAGAAUAAAAAUCAUGAAACAUAGUAAAUUAUACUGUGUUAUAUCGUGGUAUUUUUUUUAAUGUGAUGUUUUCUGUUUUUGUCUUAAGCCUGUUAUUUUGUUGAAGAAAAAACGGAAAAGGUCACGUUAUCA